AUGGGCAAGGCAUCUCCGCAAUAUCAGAAUGGGUACAACCAUCCUCAAGGAUUGGGGUACAUAAGCUCGGUUCUCGAUUCAUGUACCCAGCUGGACGAGAUUGUCCAUCGUGGCCGGAACAUCGUACUUGAUGGGCAUUCGCUGGACUUAAGCUCAGUGGUUGCGAUCAGUCUGCAUAAAAUUGCGGCCGACAUCACCGACAGCGAAACUGUGCUAUCUCAAUUGGAACGCAGUGUAGAUUUACUCGCGGAAAAGCUUGAAAAGGGGGAAGUGAUAUAUGGAGUGACUACUGGAUUCGGCGGGAGUGCCGACACUCGCACGAACGAUUAUGCCGCCCUUCAGCAGGCAUUGAUCCAGCACCACCAUUCCGCCGUGGUUCUGCCUGGAGAGCGAGAAUCCGGAGCAGGCCCAACGCGCCUGGAAUUUUUGAAAAGUCAUGCGAUGCCUAUUCCCAUUGUUAAGGCGGCUAUGUUAAUUCGCUGCAAUUCCUUACUGCGAGCACAUUCGGCCGUUCGCAUUCAGGUUGUUCGAAGUAUUCUUGUUCUCCUCGCUCAUGAUAUGACACCAGUGGUACCACUGCGAGGAAGUAUUUCCGCUUGUGGGGACCUCACACCUUUGGCGUACAUCUGCGGGGCGAUUGAAGGGAAUCCUGAUAUAGCGAUGAAUUGCGGGGAGGGUCAGAACCAUCGAAUCAUCCCGGCCAGCCAGGCUCUCCAGGAAGCAGGGUUGACCCCGCUUGAAUUUGGGCCAAAGGAAGGUCUAGGUCUUUUGAACGGAACUGCAUUCAGUUGUGGUGCAGCCACUCUAGUUCUGUUCGAGGCAAAUCAGCUGGCCAUUUUGUCGAAGUUGCUCACCGCGAUGGGGACAGAGGCUUUGCUGGGAUCACGGUACAACUAUCAUCCGUUCAUCGCCGAGGCUCGACCUCACCCAGGCCAACUGGAGUCAGCCGCGUUCAUUUUCGAAUGCUUGGCUGAUUCUAAGCUGGCGCGUGGCGCGGAUCCCGAUGGGGAAGGCCUGGCGCAAGACCGGUAUGCGCUACGCACAUCGACGCAGUGGAUCGGUCCACAGCUAGAGAACCUCGCACUCGCACUUGAACAAGUCCAGACGGAACUAAAUUCUACCACGGACAACCCACUCCUGGAUCUUGCCGAGGAGCGGGUUCACCACGGAGGAAACUUCCAAGCAGCAGCGAUAACAUCGGCAAUGGAGAAAACCAUGGGCGUGAUGCAGAUGCUAGGCAAAAUGAUCUUCUCGCAGUGCUCGGAGAUUCUCAACCCGAUGCUUAAUAAAGGACUGCCACCAAAUCUCAGCGCUGACGAUCCGAGCCUCUCGUUUGCGUUCAAAGGUGUUGAUAUCAAUAUGGCUUCGUAUAUGUCUGAACUGGCAUAUCUUAACCACCCGGUCAGCAACCAUGUGCAGUCCGCAGAGAUGCACAAUCAAAGCCUGAACUCUCUGGCUUUGAUUGCCGCUCGUUAUACAGGCGACACUGUCGAACUCCUGGCGCUAAUGUCUGCGACAUACCUUUACGUUCUGUGCCAGGCCUUGGAUCUUCGUGCUAUGCAUCUUGAGUUCGUGUCUCAAGCUCGCAAGGACGUAGAUAAUGCAAAUGCGCUGCUGUUUCAGUCGAGCGGCGCGGGUGCGCAGCUCUCAUACAGCCAAGAAAUCAUCUGGAAAGAACUUAUGAGCCACUGGGAGAGAAACAGCACUAGUGAUCUACACAAACGGAGCCAAAUCACCGCCACUGAUUCCUUGGGUGUCGUCCUCGAUCUUCUGGGUGACCAGGUCGUUGGGAAAGAACUUCGACAAUGGAAGAGUAACGUCGCCAGUAUUUUGGAGACGAGGUACGGAGCGAACCGAAAAAUCUUCUUCCAGAGCAAAUCGGCCGCACCCUAUCUCUGUAAUUCAUCACAGAAGCUCUAUGGGUUCGUGCGUCAGAGCCUUGGGGUGGCCAUGCAUCGGGGUCUGGUGGAUCAUCCAGCCUAUGACUCCGGCGAAAAGAUUGUCAAAGAAUCAAUCGGGUCGCAUAUCGGCAAGAUAUACGCGGCUUUACGAGCGGGCGAGUUUCGUGAGGUUAUUCUGAGCUGCUGUGGCAGAUAG